UCCAUACCCUCAGCCAGCGUCGUUCAACGCACCUCUGCUUUCUUCUCCUUUUCCUUUCCAUACCCCCUGCCGGCGUCGUUCAACACACCUCUGUUUUCUUGUCCUUUUCCUCGACAACGCACGCUUUGGGACUCGAUUCCAUACCCCCGGCUGGCGUCGUUCAACGCACCUCUGCUUUAUUCUCCUUUUCCUCGACAAAGCACGUUUUGAUCGUUCCGAACUCGACCUCCUCGAGUAUUCUCAUCUUCUUUGCCUCCCCCAUUUUCUGAGAUCUCUGCUUGAGGUGUUGCGUCCCUUUGGAUACUUAAGCUUAAGCCACGCGGAAGAGUUUCAUCUGUUAGAUCGGUCCAAUGGAGGGGAACAGUUGGGGGCUGGCUGAGGGUGAACUUUCCGCUGCCGCUAAUGGGAGGUCUGCCGACUGGAGGACCCAACUUCAGCCCAAGGCGCGCCAGAUGAUUGUAAAUAAGAUACUCGAGACUUUGAAGAGGCACCUACCAAACUCUGGACCUGAGGAUUUGAAUCAACUUCGGAACAUUGCUGCUCGGUUCGAGGAGAGGAUAUUCACAGAAGCUGAUAAUCAGUCGGAGUAUUUGAGGAAAAUUUCUCUGAAAUUGCUCUCAAUGGAGAGUAAAACUCAGCAUUCUGCAUCAAUCAACACUUCAGUGUCCAACAACAACAACCAAAAUUCUACAGAUCCAGGAACUCUUUUCACUGGAUCUGAUGACUCUGAUGAAACCAGUGGGUGAGAUGAUAUUUAUUUAAAUUAUAGAAUUAGAAAUGUAGUUAUAGUUAA